AGGGUUUAGGAAACAGGCCUCUCCCCAUGUUCUCCUUUAACUCGGCGUAGUGAGUGACAGGAAAGACCAGACGAGAUAAAAACUGGCUGAGCGAGUGCGGGGGCGAUGUGCUGGACAGGACAAAUGGUGGACAGGAGUACGUUUAACCGGGUUAUUCCUCACUUUCUCUUUAAAAUGGAGUGGAACGGAACGUAACGUUUGACCGCUGUGCUAACCGGGCAUGGAUCUGAGCAAGGUGCUGCUUGUGCUGCUGAGUGUGGUCGUCUCUGAACUGUCUGAGGUUCAGGCCAAACCGCUGGACUUCGUGUGCGACAGUGAGGCCAGGAGGGUAAUGAACAAGGUCAAGGAGCUUGAAGAGGACAUGGUGGACUGCGGCGCCGCGGCCUCCCUGCCUGCUCCCAUCCGACUGCCCUGCAUCAGAGUUCAUAAAGCGACCUGGGCGAAGAAACCUGUCCGGCAGCGUCAGGCCGAAGUCCUGCUGUCUCUGGGUUCUUUGGUGCAGGAUGUCCGGCGAGCGCAGGCUCAGAGCCAGCCGAGCUGUGGGCUAAACCUGCUGGAGCGUUUGGAGCGCAGCAUCAGUAACUACCAGCAUGUGCUGACACAACUCCACAGCGAGCAGAGGGAGUCAGAGAGCGCCCAGGAUCCGGUCUGUCUGGGGCAGAACUCUCAGGAUUUCGGGGUGAUUCUGAGGCACUUAGACCGGCUGAUCUCUGGAAAGCUGGAAUUGCUUGUUACGGACAUGGCUCAGGCCUGUUAGAGAAAGAUUCACACUUCCAGACUCUCCAAGGCGCCUUCUUCGCCUUCAGCACGGCACCGUGUUGGCAGAUGAGUCCUUUCAUCAUGAGCCUGAAGCCACCUUCAAGAAAAUGGAGGGCCAGACACAGACACUGGACGCCUCCGUCUGCUGGGGUUUAAUAAGAAAAGAUGGAGCCACAGCGCCAUCUGCUGGGGAAAGGUUGUACUGCUGGGACAAACUGAGUCCGGAUGAGUCAUGAAGCAAAGCAGGAGGCAAAUGUAAUGAAAAUGUAACUGAACUGCUGGAUUCUUUUAUUUUUAUGUUUUUUGGACUGUAAAUAAAAAAAAGAUUAUUUUUAUAUAGAGAAGUUGCAUUUUACCUGAAAAGAAAGGCACUAACAUCGUCACUGAUGCACUCCUGAUGCACUCCUGAUGCACUCCUGAUGCACUCCUAAUGCACUCCUCUCAUCAUUUGAUGACAUUGUUUUUUAAACUUCAUUACAGCAUCAAUGAAC